AUGACGACCUCGGCGCUCAUGGCCGCUGCACAGACCCUCGCCUCGGUGGCCACCAGCAGCCCUCAGCCCGUCGGCCCACCCACACUGCCUGCCACGCAGGGCCCAACAAACACCAACCCAAGCCCAAGCGGCAUCCGCCGUACCGCCAACGGCAACGCCAAACCUUCUUCCACGCAGACCGACAUGCCGCCCGAGCCAAAGAAGCGCACCCGUCCCGUCAGCGCGUGCGAGGCCUGCCGUGCCAAGAAGGUGCGCUGCAUCCUCACGCCAGAUGCCCCCGUCUGCCAAAACUGCCUUUCGUCCGGCAAGGAGUGCCUCUUCCGGGUCGACGACCUCGCACCGGCGCUGAGGGCGGCCCGCUUCGCCCACUUUGGCCCGCCCAGCGCCAACGCGAGGACCAUCCCGGCCAAGAAGUCCAAGUCCGGGGCCCGCAAGUCUGCCGACGACGCCACAGACUCCAAGCGGCCGCGACAAAGGCGCAAGACGGUCGGCGACGAGGCGGCAGGCGGCGCGGCGGCGGGGACGCCCGCUGACAAGGGCACGGCCUCGUCUGCGACCGGAACGAGCGGCACGCCGGGCCCCAAGGUCAAGGCCAAGGCCGUCUUCCGCUCGUUUGCCAACCCGACCCACCUUGCAGCGCCUCUCCCUGUCAUGUCGACCGGCAUGCAAGCCGUCGGCUCCGCCGGCCUUGGGACGACGACGGCAGGGGGCACUCCUUUGAUGCAGGACCCCCCGGCAUCCGUGCUGAUGCCAAGCCGAGGUCGGGCCAGCACCGGAAGCGCUGGCUACGCGCCGUCGAUGGCACCGCAGGACUUCUACAGCGACCAGUCGCCCGCCUCGGCCGGCAUCAAGGCCCAUUAUGCCGCCGAGCCGCCAGUCCGGUACGCGCAGCACCGCAACGAUUCGACCGACUCGUUCUCUCACGACGCCUCCUACUACGGCCACCCGACCUCGGCCGAUCCGAGACAAGAGCGAGGCGGUAGCGCUUCGGGAGCCGCAGGUGGUUUCUUCCUGCAGCAUCAGUCGCCGAGCGAGAACAGCCACGGCAGCGGCCGGAGUCGCUCGGCUCGCGUCGACGGUGCCCAGUCCUCGCAGCCGCUGUACGCGGACCAGAAGCCGCCACGGCAGGAGGCCAGCUCCUCUGCUGGCUCCUCGAGCAAGCGGAACCGGUCGCACCAUGGCAAUGGCAACCCGGCGAGGAAGAGGCUGCAGGAGGAGGACGUCGACCCGAUGUCGCUGGCCUACUACGGCCACCUCUCGGCUGUCGAUGCGGCCAAGGUCGAGGAGCGGGAGCGCGAAGGUCCCGACCGCCAUGGGCCACGCGUCCCGCUCGACAGCGAUGGGCGCGGCUCGCCACGGCCCACGGUGUCGGCAGAGCUUCGCGACGGGAUCGAGCGCUGGCAGCGGAACGGCAAUGUCAACGGCCGCGCCUACGUCGACGAGGCGGCCGAAGUCGUCGAAGAAGCGCCGGCGCCGAAGCCGAAGAUCCUGCUGCCCUUCUUCCGGUGGUUUGGCACCACGGCCAACACGCCCGGCUAUCGCAAGAUCAAGGUCGGCGUCUUGCAGGACUCGGAGGUGGCCGACACCGACGACCUGGCGCCGGUGAUCGCCGAGGAGCAGGCGGCGGUCCGCAAGGCGAGCUUUGCGCAGACGGAAGAACAGGGCAGCCCGGCGUCGCUGAGUGUGCCAAUUUCCACCGUCGCGGCACCUUUGGCAACGGCAACGGCAGCGGCGACGGCGGCGGCCCCGUCAUCCAAGGGCGAGCGUGCGCCGUCGUCGGUCACGAGGGAGCUCUUUGAGAUCAACCGUCCGCGGUAUCCGCGGCGCGACAUCCUCGAGCACCUUGUCGGCCUGUUUCUCAGCCACUUUAAGCCGUCGUGGUGCCCCUGGAUCGACGCCGACGAGCUACGGAGCGGCGCCGAGAACGGAUCGAUGCCGGCCAUCCUGGCCAACGCCAUCUGCGCCGUGGCGGCGCGCUUCUCGGACCGCAGCGAGCUCCGGCGGGCGCCGCGCAAGUCGUCGGGCGACCACUUCAGCGAGAUGGCCAAGAUCCUCAUCAUGCCGCUGCUCUCGUUUCCGUCGAUGGAGGUCAUCGAGGCGCUCAUCCUGCUCAGCUACGCCGAGUUUGCGGCGGGCAGCGACUCGGGCCUGUGGAUGUACGUCGGCAUGGCGCUGCGAAUGUCGCAGGACCUGGGCCUGCAGCACGAGGCGAGCGUGCUCAGCAUCCCCAACGAGCGGCACCAGGAAAAGGCGCGGCUGCUCUUCUGGGCCGUCGUUGGCCUCGACCGCAUCACCACGUUUGGCACCGGCCGGCCCGUCACCAUCCGCGAGUCGGAGAUCGACACUGAGCUGCCGCGGAUGAACGAGCCGAGCGACACCAACGACGAGACGGUCAUUUUCGGGCACUAUAUCCGCAUCCUGCUGCUGCGCGGCCGCAUGGGCGAGCUGCUCAACCGGCGCGGACAGGACGACUCGUACGGCGUCGAGGACCGCAAGCGCGCGCUGGCGCAGAUGUGGAUGGAGCUGGCCCAGAGCUACUCGUCGCUUCCCGGCGACCUGCACUUCAACGUCCAGACGUUCCAGCGGGCCGCGGCGCAGAACCAGAGCCCCGGGUUUGUCUACCUGCACGUCCUGUUCCAGUCGACCAUCGGCCUGCUGGACCGGCCGUCGCUGAUGAAGAAGUUCACGGGCGACUCGGCGCCGCUGCUGCCGUCGUUUGCGCCCGCCGCCAGCGCCGCGGCGUCGCGCACCAUCUCGGACAUCCUCACGCUCGGCGACGCCUUUGACGAUCGCUGCAUCACCGCCUCGCCCUACCUCGACCAGCUGAUCCUGCCCGCCGGCCGGUCGUUCCUCGCCGAGCGCGAGGCUGCCCGCGAGGCGCUGCGCAACCUCGGCAUGGGUUCGCGCCCGCCGUCGCGCGGCCCAGCCUCGCAGGUCUCGAACCGCACCAGCUCGCUCUCGACGACCAAGUCGUACGCCGACAUCAACCUGGCCGCCUGCCAGCGCAUCCUCCACAAGCUCCAGGUGUACUGGGCGGGCGCCAGCUGGCCGAUGCGUGCCCUCGAGCAGGAGGCGGCGGGCAACCGCGACGAGGUGGACCCGCAGGUGUCGGACGAGGAUGCGCAGAGCGCGCCGAUCCGCGACGUCGAGAUGGUGCUCAAGUGGGCCAAGAGCAAGCUGCGCUCGCAGCGCAGGAUGGGCGAGUCGGCGGCCAACACGCCGCGGUUCAAGAUGGUGACCAUGGCCGACGGCCGCGAGGUGCGGCAGCAGCCGGGCUCGACGAGCGACGGCGAGCCCACGUCGACGCACAGCGGCGACUCGCCGUUCGGCCUCGGCCUGGGAAUCUCGGCCGACCUGACGUUUGACAUCGACGCGCUCAUGGAGGCGUGGCAGGUCGACGACGGCUUUGAGCCGUUCAACUCGACGGCCGCUCCCGCGACGCCCUAUCCGCCGAACCCCCAGCAGCAGCAGCAGCAGCAGCAGCAGCAGCAGCAGCAGCAGCAGCAGCAUCCGGCUCAGCCGCAGCCGGCGCAUGCGCAGCAGGUCGAGGUCCAUCACCCGCAGCCACACGAGCAGGCGGCGCACCAGCCAGACUAUCCGCAGCAGCUGUCGCGCCGGAACGGCCACAUCUCUUCGCUGCUCAACGCCGUCGAUGGCGGCCAGGCCAAUGGCCACGUCAACGGCGGCGGCGGCGGCGGCGGCGGAAGUGGCCUGACGCCCUACAACAGCGCGCCCACGCCCGUGGGCAUCCUGCCGGGCAAUGUCGACAUUUCCGGCAUGGCGGUGGCCGAGUUCUUUUCGAGCGACCAGUCCGUCUGGCCGCUGCAGCUGCAGAGCGAGAGCUUUGACGAGGCCAACUUUGCCUUUCUCGCCUCGGCGCUCCAGAUCCCGCACCAGUAG